AUGUCUGCUGAAAGAGUAGGGUUCCUUGCCACUGAAAUAUCGCGUUUAACACGCAUCACAAACGCCAUGUGUAAUGGUGACGUUACCGACGAAGUGCUAGAGGUGUGUCCGGAGCUGGCACCUGCGUUUAAAGAGUUUAGAAAGCUCAAGUAUCGCAAGAUUAUCCUUGAGAGGGGCAAAGGUAGAGGUCGUUUUAACGACAAUAAUGGUGUUUCUAAUACCAACAACAAAAGCAAAGGAAAUUCGACAAUGAGUAAUUCGCCUUCUAAUGCGAAGAAAUACAACUAUGUCACCGUUCAGGACUAUGGCUCUAGUAUAUUGGGUAGACUCAGUGAUAUCUUCAAAACAGCUAUAGUAGAGGCGUUUCCUUCCAUUGAUGAGGUUGCAGUGUCUUUGACGGAAACGACCAACCCCAAGUUUGGUGACUAUCAGUGCAACUCCGCGAUGGCGAUCUCAGCGAUCGAGGUCGUGCCUGCAGGUUACGUUAACAUUUUUUUGAACAGGCUGUUCAUCGAGAAACAAAUAAGGGAUAUCGCAUUGAAAGGUGUUCAACUUCCUCAACUACUGAAAAGGAAGGUGGUUGUUGAUUUUUCGUCUCCUAACAUCGCGAAGGAGAUGCAUGUGGGCCACCUUCGCUCAACGAUCAUUGGCGAUUCGAUUAGUCGUUUACUGGAAACAGUUGGCUUUGACGUUUUGCGAGUUAAUCAUAUUGGUGACUGGGGAACACAGUUCGGAAUGUUGAUUGCACACCUCUAUGAUAAAUAUCCUGAUUUCUUAAGUCAGCCACCUCCUAUUAGUGACUUACAGGCGUUCUACAAGGAAUCCAAGAAACGUUUCGAUGAAGAUGCAGAAUUCAAACGACGAGCAUAUGAUUUUGUGGUAAAAUUGCAAAACUACAAUGCUGAAAUCAUAGGAGCAUGGACUUUGAUCUGCAACAUUUCGAAGAAAUAUAAUCAGAUGGUUUACAAAAGGCUCGAUAUUGUGGCCGAAGAUGUUGGUGAAUCGUUCUACCAGAAAAUGAUGGUUGAAUUAGUUCACGAUCUGAAGAAGACGCAGUUGGAUAGUAUUCGAGAAGAAGAAGGUCGUCUUCUGUAUUUUCCAGUGGAUUGCGAGGUGCCGCUUACAAUUGUCAAGAGUGAUGGAGGCUACACUUACGAUACAUCUGAUAUGGCAGCUUUGCGUUAUCGGCUUCACACUAUGAAUGCUGAUUGGAUAAUCUACGUCGUGGAUGCAGGCCAAAGUUUACAUUUUGAAACUGUUUUUGCCGCGGCUCGUGAGCUUGGCUGGUAUGAUGAAUCGAAACAACGGGUGGUACAUGUGCCGUUUGGCCUUGUGCUUGGAGAAGAUAGAAAGAAGUUUAAAACAAGAUCAGGCGAAACUGUUCGUCUCUUAGAUCUUCUCGAUGAAGGACUAAAACGCGCAUCAGCUAAAUUAGACGAAAAAGGGCGAGCUGAGGUAAUGGAUGAGAAAGAACUAGCAGCUGCACGUGACGCUGUUGCUUACGGAUGUAUUAAAUACUCAGACUUAUCUCAUACUCGAACUCAGGAUUAUGUGUUUUCUUUUGAUCGAAUGCUUGAUGACAAGGGAAACACAGCUGUGUACCUUCUAUAUGCAUAUGCCAGAAUAAGAGACUUCGUCUUGCGCACACCUGCUAUUCCAAUUACUCAUUCCGCGGAGCUGAAACUUUCAAAACAAAUCCUGAAACUAUCCGACUGCAUUCUACAAGUGCUUGACUCACUGAUGCCCCAUCAGCUCUGUGACUACCUGUACCAACUUGCUACCACAUUCCACGAUUUUUACAGUAUGUGUUAUGUAAUCGAAAAGAAUCAGAGUAAGUGUAUAAUAAUAAUCAUGAAUCUAGAAGCACCGUAUUUUAACAAAUAG